AUGCUAAUUGCAUCUAACGUCUUUAUCAAUAUAAUGAGCACAUGGAAAUUGAUACAGCGACGGUGUUACGACUUGCUCUCGUAUAAGUACUCACUGCUCGUGAUAUUGGUAGCGUUUACUUGCAUAUUCAUCGGCAUAGUUCACUUUGGAGAGGUAUGGUUGAUAUGGAGCAAGGAAAAGUACGAGGCGGUUUUUCACUCCUUCAACGACAACAUCCUCGGGAAAUCCUUCCAAAAGAAAUUGUGCCAACAUGUCCCUAUAGAUGUAGUUUACACAUGGGUAAAUGGAUCCGAUCCAGCGUUCUUAGAAAGCUUCCAGAGGCAUGUACCUGUUGUGGACCUCGGUGCUGCUGCCUCAAGAUUUAACGAUAAAGAUGAGUUGCGUUACUCGUUGCGAUCGCUAGAGAUGUACGCGCCCUGGGUGAGGCACGUUUAUAUCGUUACCAAUGGUCAAAUACCAAGUUGGCUCGAUAUGGAUAAUCCUCGAGUGACUCUUGUCACGCACGAAGAUAUUUUUUUGAAUAAAAGUGAUUUACCAACUUUUUCUAGUCCUGCUAUUGAAAGUCAUAUUCAUAGAAUACCUGGAGUCUCUGACAAGUUUUUAUAUUUUAAUGACGACGUGAUGUUAGGAGCCGAAGUGUGGCCAGAGGAUUUUAUAACUCAGGCAGGUGGUCAAAAGGUAUACUUGGCAUGGUGGGUUCCUGAUUGUUCUGAGAUUUGCCCAUGGGCAUGGGUCGGUGACGGCUCGUGCGAUCACGCUUGUAACACAACAUUGUGCGAAUUUGAUGGUGGAGACUGUCAAACGACUGAUGUUCCUGUAGACAGCGAGGUAAUGGAAGAAGAAGAUGAUUAUCCAUAUAAGUAUCUGCAAGAUUAUCAUGAAAAUGAUUAUGACGAACUGAAACUAUUAAGUAUCUUGCGCAAGAAAAACGUCGUUCAUCCAUCGCAAAAAAAUACACUGAUGACCACAGUUCAAACAUUACAUUCGUAUAAUCUCAGUACUACUUCUAAGCCGAUCCAUAGGUUAAUCAAUCUCAGAAAUAGCAAUUUUAGAAAAUUACAAGCACAAAGUAAAAAAUUUGACGGUGAAGAUUAUAAAUUUACAAAAGAUUUUUUAAAGCCUGUACAUCCCAAGUUUUUACAUGUAAACGCUUCGAACAAAACUACAUAUCGUAUCAAACGAUUAAAACGUUAUCGCAAUAUCAUGAAUAUGGCGCACUCCAACAAUUCUGUUAAGUUCGAUAAGAUCGCAUAUCCGAAUCAAUGGAAACGUAACGCACGAGGAUUGGACACUUAUGCGGAGUCUUUGUUGUACGUUAACAAAAUAUAUAACGCCGCUUACGGUCUCGAACGAAGGAGAGUGCCAGCGCAUAUGCCACACUUGAUAGAUAAGUGGAUUGUGAAUAGCAUGCAAGAUAAAUUUGCGUUAGAGUUUAGGAAAACCUCUAGUCACAAAGUGAGAAAUUCCGAGGACAUGCAAUUCGCAUUUUCGUAUUUCUAUUUUUUAUCUAGCGAGAAACGAAGAGUAUCAAUUGAGGAGAUAUUCGACAUGUUCGACACUGAUAAAUCACGGACUUGGUCGGACAGAGAAAUAAGAACGCUCUUGUCUCGAUUAUACCCAUUACCACUUGAUUACAAUCUAGUCAUGGAAUUCGAAAGUGAAAUAAUAAAUUGCUCGCGUCGUUUAAAUGUACCAGAAAUUGUUGACGUUCCACCUGGAGAAAGAUAUCUGGACUCUACUCUUCCGAUAGUUUCUAAGGAAUUGAUAUUAAACUGCAAAUCAGUUUCUAAAAGAAUGCAAUCGAAAUUCGGCACAAGUAGCCGGUAUUCGCAUGAGAUAAUAAAAGCUGGAAAAAAUGAAAUUUUCGAGAUGUUGACCAGCAAUGUUUCCUUGACGGUACAAUUGCUAGACGAAAUUCGUAAGGAACCCAAAAAGUUUAUCUGUUUGAACGAUGACAUGGACCCAAUUCGACAUUCAGAAAACGAGAUUGUUCGCGCUUUGUUAAACGAUUUUUAUCGUUCGUUGUAUCCGCUCCGAAGUACAUUCGAAUUACCGUGGCAAUAUAGAAAUCGUUUCGCUCAUGUACACGAACUUUUCGAAUGGAGAGCGAAUCGUGCAAAAGUUAGAAACUUAUUACUGUGCCUUCUGGCGUUACUCGUUACGUUUACGUUCUAUCACGUACUCCAUCAUCACAUGCGUAGACUAUGCAGAACGCGUGAAUUAUCUACGUUUCCUGUGUGAAUUAUCAAUAACAAAUUUAAAUUAUCCGUGUGCAUAGAGUGUACAAUAGAACUAACAAUGUUAAUUAUCACUAUAAUUCGUAAUAUUAACAUUAAAUUAUAGCUUAAUUUAUAACAAGCUAUAAUUUAAUAUAAAUUCAAUUAUAAUAAGUUAUAUAUUUUAAUUAUAUAAAUUAUAAAAAUUAAAAGUUAAGUUUUAAGAGAUUCGUCAUAAGAUCUGUUAAGAAUUUUUUAAUUCGACAUUUUCUAAAACUAGAUAAUUAACAAUAUUCCUGUGAUAUAAUUAUAUAUAUAUAUAUAUAUAUAU